AUGCUGGCCGCAAAUGUGACUGGAACCGAAAAAUUACAACCUAUAGUAAUUGGAUCGUCCAUUGAACCUAAGGCCUUGGUCCGUUUAAAUUAUGAUACCUUACUUGUAACAUAUCGUGCAAAUUCAAAAGCUUGGAUGCGAACUAAAAUCUUCUGUAAAUGGCUCUUAAAACUUGAUGAAAAGUUUCGUUUAGAAAACCGGCAAAUUUUAUUGAUAGUUGAUGGUGCGACGAGUCAUUAUAAUCCUAAUGAUGAUAAUAUAUCAGAUACUGAGAUUGAUGACGCUACUUUUUCUGUUCAAGACCUAACAGAUUUCGAUAAGAUUGAAGUAGAUGAAUUAGUUAUAGACCUCACAACAAAUUUAUCAAAUCCAACAAUCGAAAACCAGCUAAACGAAAACCAAAUCGUUAAUAUUAUGUUGGAUGAACAACGGGAAUUAGAAGAAGGUGAUGCGAGCGAUACUGAUGAAGAACCACCUGAAAUUCCUAUUAUAGAAGGCUUAAACGGGCUAAAAAAAUUCAUUA